AUGAGUGGUCUUGGCCGACUCUUCGGGAGGGGGAAAAAGGAGAAGGGGCCAACCCCUGAAGAGGCAAUACAGAAACUAAAGGAGACAGAAGAGAUACUGAUCAAGAAACAGGAGUUUUUAGAGCAGAAGAUUCAACAGGAGCUACAGAUGGCCAAGAAGCAUGGAACCAAGAAUAAGAGAGCUGCCCUGCAGGCUUUACGGAGGAAGAAAAGAUUGGAACAGCAGCUGGCACAAACGGAUGGGACAUUAUCCACUUUGGAGUUUCAACGUGAAGCCAUUGAAAAUGCCACCACCAACACAGAAGUGCUUCGUACCAUGGAGCUUGCUGCCCAAGGCAUGAAGAAGGCCUACCAGGACAUGGACAUUGACAAGGUGGAUGAAUUGAUGGCUGACAUCACAGAACAACAGGAGUUGGCCCAGCAGAUCUCAGAUGCCAUUUCUCGGCCUGUGGGGUUUGGAGAUGAUGUGGAUGAGGAUGAACUGUUGGAGGAACUAGAGGAGCUGGAGCAGGAAGAAUUGUCCCGGGAGUUGUUAAAUGUGGGCGACAAAGAAGAAUCCCCAGUUGAAUUGCCCAGUGUACCCUCUUCACAUCUGCCUGCCGGGCCAGGUCUUUCUGCCUUAAGGAUGACAAUCCUAGGGCACCCUCGAAGUUGGAGCUGCCAGUGGUUGCCAGUCUUGCUGCUGCUGCUGCUAGGCACAGACCGUGGGCCAGGGGUGGAAGGUGUGACACACUACAAGACCGGCGACCCUGUCAUUCUGUAUGUCAACAAAGUGGGACCCUACCAUAACCCCCAGGAGACUUACCACUACUAUCAGCUUCCAGUCUGCUGCCCUGAGAAGAUUCGUCACAAAAGCCUUAGCUUGGGUGAAGUGCUGGAUGGAGAUCGAAUGGCUGAGUCUCUGUACGAGAUCCGCUUUCGAGAGAAUGUGGAGAAGAGAAUUCUGUGCCACCUGCAGCUCAGUUCUACACAGGUAGAACAACUGCGCCAAGCCAUUGAGGAACUAUACUACUUUGAAUUUGUGGUAGAUGACUUACCAAUCCGUGGCUUUGUGGGCUACAUGGAGGAGAGUGGCUUCCUGCCACAUAGCCACAAGAUAGGACUCUGGACCCAUUUGGACUUCCACCUAGAAUUCCACAGGGAUCGAAUUAUAUUUGCCAAUGUCUCCGUGCGGGAUGUCAAGCCCCACAGCUUGGAUGGGUUACGGCCUGACGAGAUCCUUGGCCUUACUCAUACUUACAGUGUGCGCUGGUCUGAGACUUCAGUGGAGCAACGGACUGACCGGCGCCGUGGUGAUGAUGGUGGUUUCUUUCCUCGAACACUGGAAAUCCAUUGGUUAUCCAUCAUUAACUCCAUGGUGCUCGUGUUUUUACUGGUGGGUUUUGUAGCUGUCAUUCUCAUGCGUGUGCUUCGUAAUGACUUGGCUCGUUACAACUUGGAUGAGGAGACCACAUCUGGAGUUUCUGGUGACGACUUUGACCAGGGUGACAAUGGCUGGAAAAUCAUCCAUACAGAUGUCUUCCGCUUUCCGCCAUACCGUGGCCUGCUCUGUGCUGUGCUUGGUGUGGGUGCCCAGUUCCUGGCUCUUGGCACUGGCAUUAUUGUGAUGGCACUGCUGGGCAUGUUCAACGUGCACCGUCAUGGGGCCAUUAACUCGGCAGCCAUCUUACUGUAUGCCCUGACCUGCUGUAUCUCUGGCUAUGUAUCCAGCCACUUCUACCGGCAGAUCGGAGGCGAGCGUUGGGUGUGGAACAUCAUUCUCACCACCAGCCUCUUCUCUGUUCCUUUCUUCCUGACCUGGAGUGUGGUGAACUCAGUGCAUUGGGCCAAUGGUUCGACACAGGCUCUGCCAGCUACCACCAUCCUGCUGCUCCUGACGGUUUGGCUGCUGGUGGGCUUUCCUCUCACUGUCAUCGGAGGUAUCUUCGGGAAGAACAAUGCUAGCCUCUUUGAUGCACCUUGUCGCACCAAAAACAUCGCGCGCGAGAUCCCAGCCCAGCCCUGGUAUAAGUCUACCCUCAUCCACAUGACUGUUGGAGGCUUCCUGCCCUUCAGUGCCAUCUCUGUGGAGUUAUACUACAUCUUUGCCACAGUCUGGGGUCGGGAGCAGUAUACACUGUACGGCAUCCUCUUCUUUGUCUUCGCCAUCCUGUUGAGUGUGGGUGCUUGCAUCUCCAUCGCACUCACCUACUUCCAAUUGUCUGGGGAGGAUUAUCGCUGGUGGUGGCGAUCUGUGCUGAGUGUUGGCUCCACCGGACUUUUCAUCUUCCUCUACUCAGUCUUCUACUAUGCCCGGCGCUCCAAUAUGUCAGGGGCAGUACAGACAGUAGAGUUCUUUGGCUACUCCUUACUCACUGGUUAUGUCUUUUUCCUCAUGCUGGGCACCAUCUCCUUUUUUUCUUCCCUAAAGUUCAUCCGUUAUAUCUAUGUUAACCUCAAGAUGGACUGA